CAAUAAUAAUCAUAUUCUCUUUCUUGUCGGCCCACUCAUUCUCUCAAUCAUAUGUCCUGAUAAAUAUUAAAGACGCAAUUUAUUACGAAAAACAGAAAAGUUACGGUCAGUGUAGCGACUGGCGAGGCCCGUCUGUGGAGGGAUUAGUGAGAGAGAUACAAGAGUCUGUCCAGGUCGUUCAGUGUUAGCAGCUCACGGUUUCUUGAAAGUCCAUUGCCGCUAAUCGCCGUCAUGUCUUACGCGUAUUUGUUUAAGUACAUCAUUAUCGGAGACACAGGAGUAGGCAAAUCGUGUCUCCUAUUGCAGUUCACUGACAAGAGAUUCCAGCCCGUUCAUGAUCUGACCAUCGGCGUCGAAUUUGGUGCACGUCUGGUGUCCAUUGAGACCAAACCCAUCAAGUUGCAAAUAUGGGACACUGCUGGCCAGGAAGCUUUUCGAUCAAUCACCAGAUCUUAUUAUCGCGGUGCAGCUGGUGCAUUAUUAGUGUAUGACAUCACUCGCCGAGACACUUUCAAUCAUUUGACUACGUGGUUAGAAGACGCCAGACAACAUUCCAAUUCCAACAUGGUUAUUAUGCUCAUUGGCAACAAAAGUGACUUGGAGGCAAAACGAGAAGUAAAAAAAGAAGAAGGUGAAGCAUUUGCCCGGGAACAUGGAUUGGUAUUUAUGGAAACAUCUGCUAAAACUUCUGAUAAUGUAGAAGAAGCUUUCAUAAACACUGCUAAAGAAAUAUAUGAAAAAAUUCAAGAGGGAGUAUUCGAUAUCAAUAACGAAGCUAAUGGUAUUAAAAUUGGACCACAACAUUCAACUGGUAAUAAUAGUAUACCUGGUGGAAAUAACCGAUCCAAUGGCAAUGGUUGUUGUUAACUAUUUCUGAAGGUCAACUAAAUAAUAUUCAAUUUGCGAUUUUGAUAUUAUUGCUUUAAUGUGGGUUAUACUUACUUAUUUAUUAUUAUUAUUAUUUUUUUUUUUUUUUUGAGUGAAUUGUAUUCAAUAUUUAUUAAUAGACCCAAGCUCUACAAAAUUAGUAUUCCGAAUAUAUCUAUUUAUAUAAUUAUAUUACUUAUUGGUACUUAUACGAUGAUGGUUUGGUUGUAAAAAAAUUUUAAAUCAUAAAUGUAUAACCCAUAAAUGAUUAAAAAAAUAUUCUCAUACACUUUACUUCUAUAGUUCUAUAUUAUCUUAUUUAAUUUUAAGUUUACCCUUAGGUUAGGAAUUUAAUUUAUUUAUUCCUAAAAGUU